UUAUGUAAGUGGCCGCAUUAGGACGUAAGAUGCAAUGACGUCAGUGUGAGGUUAGGCUGAUAGAUGAGGACUCUAUAUGGAUGAGUUAUUAUUAUUAUUAACAUUAUGAACAUUUUCUCCCAUACAUUCUUUCCACUGUCAGAAAAGUUUUUGACUUUCCUUAAGUGACCCCAUAAGUUAAAGCCAUUUCAGAGGUUUAGCUGCCUUGAUGCUUGGUGCAGUGAAAUUAACAGGGAAAUGUGAAUCCAAUCAAUUUAAUCUAGACGGUUUUCAAAUGAGCUCUGAGAACCAAAUCAAACGUAAAACAUCUUGGGUAGAAAACAUUGAAAAAGCAACAGUAUGUGGAGCAGUUAAGAGGAUAAAAGCUCCACCCUGUUACCAUGUGGCGGCCAAGUGGCUGUAGCUUUCUCUUCCCCUAUAUUAUCUGUACGAGUCAACAAAGAGUACAUCAGAUAAGGCCAGCGGGUGAGACGAGUCCUACAAAACACACAUUGAUUUAUAGAAGCGUUACGCCUAAUGGAUGUGCAACACAGAGACGUUUUUCUAUUCUGGACAUCAGGAAGCUGCUGGAGGAAGUAGUCACCAUAAAACACAUCAGUCAGAGCAUCUGCGUCUCCAUAACUGGAAAGACAAAAUGACGCCGUCAGUACCUAUUUCAAAUCUCACACAGGAAUGGAUGGAGAUUCUGCAGAGGUGGCAUCUAGAAUAUUUCUUCAUCCCUUCCACACUCGUCACUCUGGCCACCUUGCUAGCCAACCCUGUUCUCCUGACAUGCAUUUAUCUGUCCCGCGCCUUGCGUCAGGAGACACGUUACCUGCUGGUGGCCAACACCCUGAUGGCAGACAUGCUCUUCCUCGUCCUCAACCUGGCCACAGUGAUCUGUAACUCUGUGAGAGCUCAAAUACCUUGGCUGGUUUGUGAGUUGGUCACAGUCGUCACUGUCACCGCCUACUGCUGUGCCAUCCUCACUGUCACCCUCAUGGUCGUCGACACCUAUGCUGCGGUUCGCUGGCCUCUCCAUUACCAUGACAUUCUUCCACCUGCUCGCACCCACCGCAUACUGGUGGGGGUGUGGGUGCUGGCAGCCAUGUACCCUUUCACCCUGGUGAUCGUGAUGGAGGUGGAGAGGGUAAACCCCCAUGAAAAGGUGGCCAUGUGUCUGGUCCUCGUCUCUCUCGGCUUCAUUCAGGUCCAGAACAUCAUGGGGAUCCACAUCUACUUCUUUGUAGCCGCACUCAUCUGUGCUAUACUCAUUUUUUACUGCUACAUUCGGCUCUACAUGGUGACAAGGACCCAGGGCAUCUGGCAGAGCCGCUUCUCCAGGGCCCGGGUCACAUUGCUGGCUCACGGGGUUCUGCUCCUGCUCUACUUUGCCCCCGGUUUUGUUGUCACCCUGGAGCUCUUCCUGUUCCAGAGGGAAGACAUAAGUCAAGAUGUUCGUGUGUGGAUCAGCACAGUCAAUAUGUGUGUUUUCAUGUUGCUGCCCAGGGCGUUUGCUCCAUACUUGUAUGGGCUGAGGUACAGGGAGAUCUCUGAUACUCUAAUGCAGCUGCUGCACCAGCACAGGAGACUCAGCCAUAUCACAGUUUCAUAAAGACACUUAUGAACUGUCCAUUAUUCAUACUUAUUCAAUUUCUUCAAUGGAAUAACUUGUGAUAUACAUAUUUUACAUUUUCUCAGUUGGGCAAGGGCAGUAGCCAGGAUUUUCAGAAAUACUGAGGACAUGAUUCCUAAUAGCCCCACUUAAGAAUUUUUGACUAGCCACCAAAAAGGGUCUGUUUUUUUUCCACAUUUUCUAUAUGAAUUUAAAAUGUAUUGUUCGUUUGUGUAUAUUUUCUAAAUGCUGUAUCAAAACACUCUCCACAACGCCAAGAACGAGAGAAACACGAAAAUGCCUUUAUUUUAUCUUAGUUUUUUGGCCUUCAGCAGUUACAUUUAAGAAUAGUGACUCUAAAACACCAUGUGUAAUUUGUGUGUAAAUAUAGAACAUAAACUCCUCCUCAGCUCGUUAAAACCCCCAAAUUCCCAGAAACAAUACUGAGGACAAUGUCGUCUGUGUUCUCAAUGGUUGCUACUGCCCUGGUUGCUGCCCUGUCCAUGUUUUACAUCAUAUGGUGCUUGCUUCGCCUCAGACACCCCUUCUUCAUAAUUCUUGUUCGAAAUAAUACGUUAUAUAUGGUUAUAUAACACAGUUAAAUGUAAACUGGUAAUUCAACAUCCCUGCCAACUGUAUUCUUUGCUCUUGUGUGUGUUUUGUGUGUUUAAAGCACUUCAUUGUCUUAGUUGGUGCUAAGCAUGUUUUGUAGAUGCUUGCGAAUGUGACUUUUCUAACUGACUAGGCCAAAAAAGCUCUUUUACUGCUGUGUGUAUCCAUAUGAGAAUGAACUCCCCUGUUUUUCAAGUUAAUGUCUCAGUGUUGAGGCAUCUUUAAUCCCAUACAUUUUUUAAAAAAUAAAUUGUACAACCCAAA